GUGUGGCGCCAGGGCACCGUCGUCGCCCUGGGCCCCGACGCGGCCACCGUGGAGACCCGCACGCCCCCAGGCGCGCCGCUCUCCGCCAGUGGCGCCCCGCGGGGCGCCGCGCCGUUCUCGGCGCGGGGCGCCGCGCCGCCGCCAUCGGCGAGGGGCGCCGCGCCGCUGUCGGCGAGGGGCUGGCGGGGUAGCCCGGGCGACGUGGCCGCGCCCUGCUCGCCGAGGCCCGGCGUGGAGCACGUCGAGGUGCCGCUGCGGCGGGCCAGGGGCGGCGCGGCGCUGCACCCCUGUGGCGGAGCGCACGGGGGAGCGCUGUCCUGCAGCGACUUGGGCCACCUGCCCCUGCUGCACGAGCCGGCCAUCCUGCACGCGCUGCAGCUGCGCUUCAAGGAGGGCCUGGUGUACACGCUGACGGGCCCGGUGCUCCUGGCGGUGAACCCGUUCCGGGAGCUGCCGGGCCUCUACGGCGCGGAACAGUUGGCGCGCUUCGCGGAGCCCCCCGCAGAAGAGGUGGCCGCAGCAGCGGCGGCCCCCUCGGGGAGCGGCAGCUCCGCUCCCCACAUCUACGGGGUCGCCCAGGCCGCCUACUACGGCGUGUGGCACCGAAGGGUCCACCAGACGGUGCUGGUCUCCGGGGAGAGCGGCGCGGGUAAGACCGAGACCACCAAAUUCGUGAUGCGGUUCUUGGCGCUGGCUGGUGGCGGCGGGGCGGAGUCGUCGAUGUCGGACGUCGAGCGGCAGGUGCUGCAGUCGAUCCCGGUGCUGGAGGCGAUGGGCAAUGCGAAGACGCUACGCAACGAAACUCUUCGCGCUUCGGCAAGUUCAUCGAGCUCCAGUUCGGGCGCGGGGCCUCCUGGCGGCGGCCGAGCGGCGGAGCGGCCCUGGCCUGCCCGCCGAGGCUGGUCGGCGCCCGCACGCACACAUACCUGCUGGAGAAGGUCCGGGUCACUUCGCAGCAGGAGGGGGAGCGCAGCUUCCACGUGUUCUAUCAGGCCCUCGCGGCGGCCUCCCGCGACGCACCCGCUGGCCCGGCCGCGGGCGACGGCCUGUCCCUCGGGGGCGCGGCGGCCUUCGGGCCAGAGGACUUCGAGUACCUGA